AAAUUAUAUUAUCUUAUUUAGAUUUUUUAAUUUUAUAAAUUUGUUAUAUCGUAACAUUAUGUACCGUUAUGUUAUGUAUCUAAUGUACAGUCCCUUCUUCGUAUAUAUAAUUAUCUUACUUUCACUUAAGGAACUUUCUACAAUGUUACAACAGUUUCAAUGUUUGCAAGGGUGACAUUUUAUCCAACAUUAGUUUAUAAUAUAUUAAUGGAAAAAAUUUCAUCGAGAAAUUGGUAUGAUAGAAUUGACGAAACUGUUAUAUUAGGUGCUUUACCAUUUCGAAGUAUGACAAAACAGUUAAUAGUUGAAGAAAAUGUUCAAGCUGUUGUUUCAAUGAAUGAAGAUUAUGAAUUACGGUUGUUUUCCAAUGAAAAGGAAUGGAAUAAAAAUAAUAUAGAAUUUUUACAAUUAUCUGUAACAGAUAUUUUUGAAUCACCUUCACAAGAAAAGUUACAUCUUGGUGUAAAUUUUAUCAAUAAAUUUCGUAAUGCAAAUACAUUAAAUAAUUCUAUUAAUUCUGAUAAAAGUUAUCAUCCUAAAAGUGUUUAUGUACACUGUAAAGCAGGGAGAACACGUAGUGCAACAUUAGUUGGAUGUUAUUUAAUGAUGAAGAAUCAAUGGACUCCAGAAGAAGCAAUAACAUAUAUACAGCAAAAAAGACCACAUAUAUUAUUACAUAAACAGCAAUGGAAUGCAUUGACACUCUUUUAUAAUAAUCAUGUAAAAAAAUAACGAAUAAUGAAUAAUGAAUCUAUAUAUAUAUAUAUAUAAUUAUUAAUAUAAAAAUAUAUAUAAUAAUAUAAUAAAAAGAAUUUUU